CUUCCUAUGGUUACGGCUUAGAUCAUGGUUCCUAUGGUUACGGUUAGAUGUAAUCCAGGCCUCCACCUCCACAGUACUGACUGGUGUUCUUCUCUCCAUGGUAGUUAUUAACAUGGUAACACUUCCUGUGGUUAGAUGUCAUCCAGGCCUCCACCAGUCAGUACUCUGGAAGUGUUUAGAGGACAAGAAUAACAACCAGCAGUACUGUGGACCUCAACGUCUGGGGGUGUGUCCCAAUAAUAUCUCCUGAAGUGUGCACUUGUUCGCUACAUCUCACAAAUGUAAAAACGUUAGAUUGGUGGAGACGUGGGCUGGUGGGAGUUAUUACAGCGUUAGAUUGGUGGAGACGUGGGCUGGUGGGAGUUAUUACAGUGUUAGAUUGGUGGAGACGUGGGCUGGUGGGAGUUAUUACAGCGUUAGAUUGGUGGAGAUGUGGGCUGGUGGGAGUUAUUACAGCGUUAGAUUGGUGGAGACGUGGGCUGGUGGGAGUUAUUACAGCGUUAGAUUGGUGGAGACGUGGGCUGGUGGGAGUUAUUACAGCGUUAGAUUGGUGGAGACGUGGGCUGGUGGGAGUUAUUACAGUGUUAGAUUGGUGGAGACGUGGGCUGGUGGGAGUUAUUACAGCGUUAGAUUGGUGGAGACGUGGGCUGGUGGGAGUUAUUACAGCGUUAGAUUGGUGGAGACGUGGGCUGGUGGGAGUUAUUACAGCGUUAGAUUGGUGGAGACGUGGGCUGGUGGGAGUUAUUACAGCUUUAGAUUGGUGGAGACGUGGGCUGGUGGGAGUUAUUACAGCGUUAGAUUGGUGGAGACGUGGGCUGGUGGGAGUUAUUACAGCGUUAGAUUGGUGGAGACGUGGGCUGGUGGGAGUUAUUACAGCGUUAGAUUGGUGGAGACGUGGGCUGGUGGGAGUUAUUACAGCGUUAGAUUGGUGGAGACGUGGGCUGGUGGGAGUUAUUACAGCGUUAGAUUGGUGGAGACGUGGGCUAGUGGGAGUUAUUACAGCGUUAGAUUGGUGGAGACGUGGGCUGGUGGGAGUUAUUACAGCGUUAGAUUGGUGGAGACGUGGGCUGGUGGGAGUUAUUACAGCGUUAGAUUGGUGGAGACGUGGGCUGGUGGGAGUUAUUACAGCGUUAGAUUGGUGGAGACGUGGGCUGGUGGGAGUUAUUACAGCGUUAGAUUGGUGGAGACGUGGGCUGGUGGGAGUUAUUACAGCUUUAGAUUGGUGGAGACGUGGGCUGGUGGGAGUUAUUACAGCGUUAGAUUGGUGGAGACGUGGGCUGGUGGGAGUUAUUACAGCGUUAGAUUGGUGGAGACGUGGGCUGGUGGGAGUUAUUACAGCGUUAGAUUGGUGGAGACGUGGGAGUUAUUACAGCGUUAGAUUGGUGAAGACGUGGGCUGGUGGGAGUUAUUACAGCGUUAGAUUGGUGGAGACGUGGGCUGGUGGGAGUUAUUACAGCGUUAGAUUGGUGGAGACGUGGGAGUUAUUACAGCGUUAGAUUGGUGGAGACGUGGGCUGGUGGGAGUUAUUACAGCGUUAGAUUGGUGGAGACGUGGGCUGGUGGGAGUUAUUACAGCGUUAGAUUGGUGGAGAAGUGGGCUGGUGGGAGUUAUUACAGCGUUAGAUUGGUGGAGACGUGGGCUGGUGGGAGUUAUUACAGCGUUAGAUUGGUGGAGACGUGGGAGUUAUUACAGCGUUAGAUUGGUGAAGACGUGGGCUGGUGGGAGUUAUUACAGCGUUAGAUUGGUGAAGACGUGGGCUGGUGGGAGUUAUUACAGCGUUAGAUUGGUGGAGACGUGGGAGUUAUUACAGCGUUAGAUUGGUGGAGACGUGGGCUGGUGGGAGUUAUUACAGCGUUAGAUUGGUGGAGACGUGGGCUGGUGGGAGUUAUUACAGCGUUAGAUUGGUGGAGACGUGGGAGUUAUUACAGCGUUAGAUUGGUGGAGACGUGGGCUGGUGGGAGUUAUUACAGCGUUAGAUUGGUGGAGACGUGGGCGUUAUUACAGCGUUAGAUUGGUGGAGACGUGGGAGUUAUUACAGCGUUAGAUUGGUGGAGACGUGGGAGUUAUUACAGCGUUAGAUUGGUGGAGACGUGGGAGUUAUUACAGCGUUAGAUUGGUGGAGACGUGGGAGUUAUUACAGCGUUAGAUUGGUGGAGACGUGGGAGUUAUUACAGCGUUAGAUUGGUGGAGACGUGGGAGUUAUUACAGCGUUAGAUUGGUGGAGACGUGGGAGUUAUUACAGCGUUAGAUUGGUGGAGACGUGGGCUGGUGGGAGUUGUUCUUACCACAUUUCUUAUGUCAGUCAUUUCCUUUCAUAUGGUGGAAGUGUACACUUCAUGAGGAAGGAGAGACAUUGGGACAGAACCCAUGUCUGGUUUUGAGGGUUUAAAGCGGUUUCGGUAAUAACUGAGGGAUAUUUAUCACUAACUCAGGUUUACCUCAGGUUUAUGUCCAACACGUUUCUUUACUCUGGGCAUGUGUAACACCUCUCUCUCGCUUUCUCCCUCCUCCUGUCUCGCCCCUCCCCUCUCUCUUUCUCGCCCUUCCCCUCUCUCUUUCUCGCCCCUCCCCUCUCUCUCUCUCACCCCUCCUCUCUCUCUCCUCUCUCAAUUAAAUUUAAGGGGCUUUAUUGGCAUGGGAAACGCGUUUAACAUGUUAACAUGUUAACAGUAGAUAAUAAACAGUAA